AUGGCGAUCGUCAAGAUGCAGAGCGAUCUUCCGCUGGUUACCAGUGAGCAGCAGGCCGUGGAGGAGUUUGCCGUGGAGCCAAGCGAAUCUGCCCCUCCUUCGCGUACUCGUGUUGACUUUGCAUCAACCGUCCUUCGGCAGGCCAAGAAGCAGCGCUGCACAUCUCGCAUUUCGACGAGCUACUCCACGCACUUUUCAUAA